AUGUCGUCUAUGCUCGAGAAGAAGUCUCCACAAGAAAUGAUUCUACCAGGCGCUGGGGACCCUACUUCAGAUGCUGGUGUGUCACUAGAAAAGAAAUCAAGUCCUCGAACCGACCUUUUCCGAACUCUCGCACACCUCCUUCUCUCCCUCGGUUGGCUGGCUCCGAUACUCGCUGUUUCUGUGUUGAACUUUAGAAGUUAUGUUGUGGGCACGAAUCUGUCCUGUGGAGUCAGACGCUGUAGGGCCGACCCUUGGGCAGUCGAGGCUGCUGGAAGCCAGCAAUUCGAGUCGCAUGACCACGAAAUACUCAACGCUCUUCAGCUGGUUGCCAAGGCAUUAGAGAUAUGGUUUGUGUUUCUGGCAGGCGUCGUGGUCUUCGGUCUGACAAUAUUGCUCGCCGGAAAGGGGGACGGACUUCCGAUGCGGCACCUCAAGAUCCCCUUUGAUUAUACAGACCUGGGCUCCUUUCUCGAGCCGUCACUUUGGACUUCUAUCAUCCCGCGCAUUGAGACUCGUCCACAGCCAAGAAGCGACGCUACCAGAAGUCUGCAGCCUACGACAAGUAGACGCAACCUGUAUAUUUUUGUGGGGUUUGUAUUGGCGAUCGGUAUUGUUUGUAACUUGAUGGGGCCGGUCACAGCAGUGUUGCUCUUACCAUCUCUGUCGUGGAGAGAGGUUGGAGUACCCGAGAAAUAUCGCGUGUUUACAGAUAUGGCGUCAACAGACCCCCCGAUGAACCCAAAGUUCCUCAAUAGUGGGUGGUGCACAUUGGCAAACCUCACUGCUGGCAACUAUUCCUGCGUGUCCAGCGAGAUUGACACGAUGUUGUUACAGACAGAUGGAACCAUUCCAUCUGUCAAUUCGGAGGAACUUGUCUCGUUUGUUUUCAAUUACACCUGGGACCCAAUCUUCGAUUUCUGGGAUAUCCUUGCUCCCAAUAGACAGGUCCUGGACUCCAUUAGUGAUGAUUAUUAUGGAUGGUCAUCUAUCUAUAAUCCGGAUUAUAAUCCACCCGUCGAUCUAGCAAACUUCAGCGUGUCGACCUUCCAAGCUCUCAGUAAUGCUCGGGAAGUGAUCGUUCACCGCCAGGGCCCCUCUCUCCUCCUUUCUGGAGGUUGUUUCGCGGCUGUUUCUACAUCUGCUGUUCACAUUUCUAACGACAAGGGUGUUUUUUGCUACGACUUCACGGGAUACUACAUUCCAACACUGUUUCCCGUAUCAGGAACUUCCAAUGAAGAAAAUGUAUCAACCAUGUGUAUGCCCACUGGCUCCGGCUGGACAGGAGACAACGCACACUCCGAAUUUCAAGUCGCAAACUACUCUUCCUCUGACCCGAUCGCGGUGAACGUGUACUCGACGGAAAAAGUCAUAUAUCUCAACCAGUCGACACAUCAUUGCGCUACUGGAACAAACGCGACCAAUUCGACUUCCUGUGACUGGAACUCCAUGUUUGCAGCAGACAUCGAAAGCGAUAUGAGAAAUAUAUCAAUCAAUCCCCUCGUUGCCGAGUACUACAGCUCUGACAACUCUACCUUUUGGAUAUGUCUUUCCUUCUCCUAUCUACGACUUUCAACCUACAUUCUAGACACUUCGGGCAACAAUCCUUUUAGCCUUGGCCUUGUUGAGCUGCAGGGUGAGGAUGUAAUUCACCCCGCGGAUGACCCCAUAUUCAUUCAUCCAGACUGGGUUUUGGCAUCCCUGUCAGUGGAUCGCGGCAGCACAGUCCCUGAGUAUCGCGGCAGCUCAACAGUGCUUGCGGAUGCGCUCCAGUUCUCGGGGUCUGAUGAGUCCAUUGGUCUCGCCGAGGUCCAUGCAAUUAUCAUGGGGCAGGCUUUAUCACUGAUUAACUAUGCGACGGAAGAUGUCAACUCUACGAGCGACAAACUGCCAACUUCUACUCCAAUGCUCAAUGUCAGCCUCCUUCUAUAUGCCUGGAUGUAUGGAUUGCAGUCUGUAACAUCCAAGCUGGGGGUCGCAGUAGCACUAAUUGGGUGUGUGAUUGUAUUACUUGGAAUUGUGAUAAAGGCAUGGAGGCGCACCGUACCACGGGAUCUGCUUGACUUUGUCACGGUAGCUUUGAAGCAGACCCCGCCGGAAGUCUUGAAAAAUCUAGAGGAGAAGGAAACGGUGAAGGUCAGAUUCAGGAUGAGAAACCAAAAAGACACAGAGUUUGAGUUUUGAUAGAAGAUUCUGUAAGGCCGUCAAUAGAUGUCUGAGACUAUUAUGGAGUAUGGACUCUAACGAAAGACGCAUCUUCAGCACACGAG